UUAUGCACUAGUAAAGAGUCUGUUGUGUCUCUCAUUCUUUCAUCUUCUCCAACAGUUUCUACGGUAGCUGCUGCUGCUGCUUUUUCUUCUUCUUCUUUGUUAUUGUUGUGGAGAGAGAGAGAGAGAGAGAGAGAGAAGAGAGAAGGAGAGACCAAUGGAGUGGUACAAGAGGAAAGAGACGGUGGAAGAAGUGGUAGUGAUUGGGGGUUUGAUCGGGACUCACUUUUUGUAUGCGACCAACAAUGUGAUGGUGAGCUACCUCACGUCCCUCGGCCUCGACCCUCUCACUGUUGUCUACUACUCUUCCUUUGCCACCUUCCUUGUUCUCUCCCCCAUUGCCUUUGCGUUUGAAAGGAUCUUGUGGCCCAAGAAGCUCAGUCUGAGGUUGAUGGUUCAACUUGUUCUCAUCUCCUUUGCAGGGGUGAUUCUGUUCCAAUAUCUGUUCGUGAAGGGAAUUAAACUGACUUCACCGGCUAUCGCAACCGCCAUGCCAAACCUUGCUCCUGGGCUUAUCUUCGCCAUCGCAUGGAUUACUAGGAUGGAGAAAGUUAAGCUGAGCUGCUUGUACAGCAAAGUCAAGAUAUUAGGCACGGUGGUGUGUGUUUCAGGGGCCGUCACAAUGAGCCUAUGCAGUGCUGCUAAAGAGGAUCCCCGCUCAACUUCGUUGAGUAAUGUGAUUUUCGACCAACAAAUGAUCAUCGGUUGCUUAUAUCUUAUUGCAGCGGUCUUAGGCCUAUCAAUCAAUUCCAUCCUGCAGGCAGUCACUUUGGCCGAUUUUCCAGCACCAAUCUCCAUGGUCGCUAUAACCUCCUUGAUUGGUUCGAUUAUGGCUGCAACUGUACAGUUAUUUGAAGACCACAAAUUGGACAAUGGCUGGCCGUUUUUGAGCUUUGGCAUGUUGGUCGCCUUCUCUUUCCUGGGAGGUGGCAUUAUCGGAUCGUGCGUAGGCUUCACUGCUUGGGCCAUAAAAAAGAGGGGGGCAGUCCUUCCCUCUAUGUUUAGCCCCAUCGCAACCGUCUGCACAAUUGUAUACUCGGCGAUAAGAUUAGGAGACACGAUCAACGUGCCAAGCCUCGCCAGCAUGGUCCUUAUAUUCACCGGCCUGUACAUCGUGCUCUGGGCAAAACGGAAAGAGGGCUACCACCCAAACGAAGGGACUGCUUAGAGAGCGGGUUGGAUGCAGAGAAGCCUCUUUUGAGCUGAGAAAUAAGGAUGCGGAUCCUUGUGAAAAGUCUCGUUUUUCUCCAUCAUUUUGGGUUAGAGAGCAGUUUCCUGCAUGCGACGGAAACCCGUGUGUAUCAUGUGUGACUUUCUUGUGCAUUUCGAUGUAUGGUUAAUGUAAUCUACUUCACGUUUUAAGACAUUGGUGGUUCGGUGCUAGCAGUAGCUCUGCCGUGACUAGGAUUCCUAAAUCUAAAUUUGUUUAUGCCUUUCGCUUUUCUUUUUGCCUUUUAUCAAUGUGUUUUAGUUCUUAUGGGAUUUCCAUCAUCGAAUUCAUGGAACAUAACGAUAAUGGACUCCGUGCAUUUGUUAAUUGAGUUGUGCACAUUUGUGGGUCAAUUUAGUGAGCUCUUUGUAAAGACAAACAAGAGAUGAAUUCGAGUUUAUUUCCCAUGAUUUA